AUGGGUGACGAAUACGAGCAACUCGGACCGGCAGCAGGAGGUGCCCUUCCACCUCCUCCGCCUGGUGCACCUCCUCCUCCACCUCCGCCACCACCACCACCUCCGCCACCUCCCCCACCACCACCACCGCCACCACCACUGCAGCUGCCACAACUUCGUGGAGGCACAUUGCCGAAAGAGUCAUCAGAAGAAGAUAAGAAAAAAUCUGAAGCAACAAAGAAGAGCAAAAAGUCUACUAAAAAGGACAAGAAGGGGAAAAGAAGAUCCCCGUCACCACCGGGGGAAUCCGCCGCCGCCGAAGAUGCAGCUCAAGGAGAUGAAGACGAUGGAGACGUGAAGGUCACUGCACGUGUACGGUCAUCAACAGUAUCAUAUAAAACGCAAUCAAAUGUGGCACAGUCAGGGCAGGUCGAGAAGAGCCCAGGCAAAAAACAAAGUAUAAGUAGAGACGAUGAGGAAUCCUACAGGAGAACUACUGAAGAUCAAGAGGAAUUCGAGAACGUGAACGCCGUUGCUCGUCCAGCUGCAACUAGAAUGCAUACGCAUAAGUUGAAGACAGAUGAUUUAACAGAACCUAUCUCAGAAUCGGAGGCACAGGAUCAAAAAAUAAAUGAAAUCAAGAGUAGGGCUGGUUAUCCUGGCAAACAAACCAGUCCAGAAGGAGGUUUAAGUCGAGAAAGCUCCACUGAAGUGAAAGUACUCAUCCUUCGAAUUGAGGAGCUUGAGCUAGCAAACAAAAAGUUGAAAUUGCAAAUGAAAGGAAUGCAAAAACGUAUUCGAGAAAAAGACAAGAAAAUUGAGGAGCUCAUAUCGUUGAAUGCAUAUCUGCAACGAUGUGCUUCUGCCGAAGAACAUAGACAAGAGGAAAAGGUGACACCAGAACAGGAGGCAAUUGCAUUACGUGGUUUGGAGAUCAUGCAUCGGAAUCACUUGCUCGAGGACACCAUCAAAAAUGUUGAACGGACACUAUUGCGCAGUUUUUUUGAAGCUUCCGAUCCGAGGCCAACGCCUACGGUUGUUAUGCUUAUUGACAAAGCGCUUUCUCAUGCUAUUGAAGUGAUACUGACCAAAUCGAAUUUGUUCGAUGAUUUCGUCGACAACGAGCUUCGAAUAUUUCUGCUGAACUCGGCAAAGGCGAAACGUAUCCUGCUAGACGAAAUGCUUCUUCAUCCAGAGUAUGUACCUAAUGCUUGGGGAGGAGAUGUGCUGAGGAAGAGAAGACGGCUCGAGGAACAGAAUGUUGAAAUGAAUCCUCCGCCAUUAUCAUUGGACAAAACUGCUUGUGAUGAUGAAACCUCCCGGAAAGUAACUAACGCGGAAAAUCAACCUGUAAAAGAACAAAAAGCAAAAAUGGAGAGAUCUCAAAUGGAAGUCCCACCUGUUAUGGAACAAAAAGCAAAAUUCGAGAGACCUUCUGAAAAAGAAGCAAAACCUCCGGUCAAAAAGGAAGAACUCCGGAGGAGUACUGUUGAAGCAGCUAAAGGAAAAGCAGACAAGGGAAAAGAGGUGGCCAAGGCGGAACAAAAAGCUCCUGUAAAUAAAAAACCUGAGCCAAAAGCGGAGACUAAACCACCUUCACCGAAAGCUGAAGCGCCCCCACCCAGGAAAAUUGAAUCCAAGGUGGAGAAAAAAACGCCGGCAGAAACUCCUCCACCCAAAGCAGCUGAACCGAAAGUGGAGAGAAAAACACCAGCAGCAGAAACUCCUCCACCCAGGGCAGCUGAACCUAGAGUAGAGAGAAAGCCAACAGCAGAAACUCCUCCACCCAAGGCAGCUGAGCCCAAAGUGGAGAGCAAGCCGGCACCCGCUGUGGUCGCCCCUCGAAGAAUGGCCUCAGAUACUGCUUCGUUGAGUUUAGUUCCGAAAAAUACGCCGUCAGCACCCGGUCCACAAGUGCGCAGAGUUACUAGUAAGGCUCUUUACUGA